UCUAUGCUUUUUAGUUCCACUUUUUCUUCUUUCUCGUAAACCUUCCUGGAAAUUCACAUGUAUUUUCUACACUCUUUACCCUUCCAACAAAGAAGUCUAUAUAGAUAAUAGAUACUUAGCAUCAAAACCAUAUAGAUCCAUCUAAAAUCAUAUCUCUCUUCACAACAAAAUCAACAUCCCAAAAGAACACAACAAAUCUUUGAACUCUUCAUCCAUGGGUCCAAGAGUAGAUUGGUCUCAACUCCCUACAGAGUUAUGGUCAAAGAUAGGAAAGUAUCUUGAUAAUCACAUAGAUGUCCUUAGAUUUCGCAGCGUCUGUGAAUCAUUUCAUUCUUCCAUCCCUCCUUCAUCUCUUCCAAACUCUCCUUCUUUUCCUUUACAAAUACCUCACCCCAUCCACACCUCCCUAAACACUCACCUCACUCAAUCAACCAUUUAUCUUAUUGAAACAGCUGAUGCAAGUUCCAACUCCAACUUAGCAUCUUUAGCACCAUCUUCUUCUACCAAAGGUUGGUUGAUUAAGGUACAAGAAUCAAAGAAUCAACCUUUCAGUUUGUUGAGUCCUAUCUCUGACCGAAAACUAGUGUACCCUCCAAGCAGUGACAAUACUUCUCGUAUGUUACUAAACUUGUUGGAUUAUAGGAUCAUUGAACUAUGCAAAUCAUAUACAAUUGAAAAGAUUACACGUUUCUCAAGUUCUGUUCGCAAAGUUGUGUUCUAUCCUAACUCUCCUUGGACUUGUGUUGAAGAUUGUGUUUCAUGUUGUAUCUUUCAAGAAGGUAAAUUAGGAAUCAUGAAACACGGCGACGGAAAAUGGAAACUUGUAGAUGACAAGAAUUUCUACUACGAUGAUGUUAUAGUGUUCAAGGGUCAGUUUUAUGUUACUGAUAAAUGGGGGACUAUUUCAUGGAUUGAUGUUUCAUCUUUGAAAUUGAUACAAUUUUCACCUCCUUUGUGUGGUUUUGGAAACAAGAAGCAUUUGGUGGAAUCUUGUGGGAGUCUUUAUGUUGUUGAUAGAUACUAUGAAAGUAAUGAAAACAUGAGAGCAAACUAUGUCCGAAGACAGCGCGAUCGAGAUGAAGUCGUGGAAAGUUUCAAAAUUUAUAAGUUGGAUGAAGAAUGGGGAACAUGGGUUGAUGUGAAAAACUUGAGUGAUAGAGCAUUCAUUUUGGGUCAAAGUUGUAACUUUUCUGUUUCAACUAAAGAAUUAAUUGGAUACGAAGGGAAUUGCAUCUACUAUAGGGAUAUUUUUAAUGUUCGCAUGUAUAAUUUAGAUGAUCAUAGAAUUACUACGGUCGAUUUUAAUCCUUGCAUUGACAAGACAUUAUGGUGUCAUGCCCCUUGGCUGAGAUGUUGGUCUAGGCCUAGCAAUUGAGAUAGAAUUAAAAUUUGUAACGAGAGUGCAUGUUUUUUUUAUGAGUAAUGAUAUUGGUACACUAAAAAGUGACACCAACACCGUAUAUUAAUACGGUUUGUUUUUUUUAAUUAUGUUUAAUAUUUAUGUUUUUCACUUUUUCAAUAAAAUGAUACAAUUGUGUGCUGUAUUUUAUUUGGUGUAAGUAUGGUGUAAAGAUUUUG